AUUAGCAUCAAUAAAGUAGUUUCAUUUGAUCAUAUUUACGGGUUUGAAGAAAGACCCAAUGGCGGAUACGGAGAAAUGCCUAGAUUCUCAACUAUGGCAUGCCUGCGCGGGAGGGAUGGUGCAGAUGCCUCCGGUUAACUCAAAGGUCUACUACUUCCCGCAGGGUCAUGCGGAGCAUGCUCAUGGGAACGUCGAUUUUGGGAAUUCCCCAAGGAUUCCACCCUACAUCCUAUGCCGAGUUGCUGCUGUGAAGUUCAUGGCAGAUCCAGAGACCGACGAAGUGUAUGCGAAGAUGAGGUUGGCUCCCAUAAGGAACAACGAAGCUGGCGACGAUGAUGGGGUUCUAGGAAGCAACGGGUCUGAGGUCCAAGAGAAGCCCUCAUCGUUUGCCAAGACCUUGACACAAUCAGAUGCCAACAAUGGUGGAGGUUUUUCUGUUCCUCGUUAUUGUGCAGAAACAAUCUUCCCCCGCCUGGACUAUUCGGCUGAUCCCCCUGUUCAGACGGUCCUUGCUAAGGAUGUCCAUGGUGAGGUUUGGAAAUUCCGGCAUAUAUAUAGGGGGACCCCACGCCGUCACCUCCUGACAACAGGAUGGAGCACGUUCGUGAACCAAAAGAAGCUCGUUGCUGGGGAUUCAAUUGUCUUCUUAAGAACAGAGAAUGGGGACCUCUGUGUCGGAAUCCGGCGAGCAAAGAGAGGGAUUGGUGAUGGUCCUGAGUCACCGUCCGGAUGGAACCCAGCUGCUGGAAAUUGUAUCUCACCAUACGGGAGUUUCUCUGUCUUCUUAAGGGAGGAUGAUAACAAACUUAUGAGGAACCCCAAUGGUGGUGGUGCAAACUCUAAUGCUGGUUGGAGGACAAGGGGAAGGUUUAGGGCUGAGUCUGUUAUUGAGGCUGCAACUCUUGCUGCCCAUGGGCAGCCCUUUGAAGUUGUGUACUACCCAAGAGCCAGCACCCCAGAGUUUUGCGUGAAGGCCUCCGCUGUGAAGGCGGCAAUGCGUAUCCAGUGGUGUGCAGGGAUGAGGUUCAAGAUGGCGUUUGAGACAGAGGAUUCUUCACGGAUAAGUUGGUUCAUGGGAACCAUAUCUUCCGUUCAGGUUGCUGAUCCCAUCCGAUGGCCUAAUUCCCCGUGGAGACUUCUUCAGGUAACUUGGGAUGAACCAGAUUUGCUACAAAAUGUGAAGCGUGUCAGCCCAUGGCUGGUUGAAUUGGUAUCAAACAUGCCGGCCAUCCAAUUCUCUCCCUUUACACCCCCAAGGAAGAAAUUGCGCCUCCCGCAACAUCCAGAUUUUCCCCUUGACGGCCAAGUUCCUAUUCCGUCAUUUUCAGGCAACCCUCUUGGAUCCAGCAGCCCCUUGUGUUGUCUAUCAGACAGCACGACUGCAGGCAUACAGGGAGCCAGGCAUGCUCAAUAUGGUAUAUCCCUAUCAGAUCUCCACCUAAACAAACUGCAGUCGGGUCUGUUUUCAGCUGGUUUCCACCGGUUUGAUCAUGCUACCCCACCUUCGAGAAUCUCCAACAGCCUCGUUGUGGCCAAGUCUAGUGGCAUUGACAAUGUAUCAUGCUUGCUUACCAUGGGAAGUUCUGCUACCCAGAUUUCGAAGAAAUCAGAUGAUGGGAAGACACCCCAGUUCGUGCUCUUUGGUCAACCUAUACUCACUGAGCAGCAGAUCUCUCUUAGCAGCUCCGGUGAUACAGUCUCACAGGGGCAUACGGGGAACAGUUCAUCUGACGGGAAUCAGGAGAAGGUGACAACCUUCUCAGAUGGUUCUGGGUCUGCACUUAAUCAGCGUGGGAUACAAGAUAAUUCAUGUGAAGGGAUUCCGUGGUACAAGGAUCGGCCAACAACAGAGGUUGGUUUGGAGACUGGUCACUGUAAGGUGUUUAUGGAAUCAGAGGAUGUGGGCAGGACUCUUGACCUCUCAGCGCUUGGGUCAUAUGAAGAGCUAUACAGGAGGCUGGCCAACAUGUUUAGCAUAGAAAAGUCCGAAACACUGAGCCAUGUGCUCUACCGGGAUGCAACAGGUGCAGUUAAACACACCGGAGACGAACCAUUCAGUGAGUUCAUCAAAACGGCAAGAAGGCUGACAAUUCUAAUGGAUUCAGGCAGCGACAAUAUAGGAAGGACAAGGGUUACAGGGUUGCGGAGUGCUGAAACUGGACUUAGCUCUCCUAAUAAGAUGGGCCCACUAGGCAUAUUUGCUUAAGAUAGGAAAUUUCUAGGUUAUUGAUGCAGGACUUUGAAAUCAUUUUCUCUUGAAGAACUUCCCUUUUUUUUUAUAUAUAUUUUCUUCCCC